UUUCACAGUAAAAGGGCAUUUCAGAAAUUUCCCUCCCCAACUAACGUAUGUUGAAAGCAUCACUCUCUAUAAAUCUCAAUGACAAAAGCAACUUCCGCUCUUAAAACUGCAACGAAUCAGAUGAAAUGGCUUCUUGGCUCAAAGUCGCAGAAGAUUUACUGGAAGUUGUUGAUCGAAGAGCAAAGCUUGUUGUCAGUGAGUUGGCAGAUGAGCAACAGGACUCACAGCCACCACCAGCAUCCAAUGGGGAAGAAGUUCAAGCCAGGAAGACAAAAUCAAAGGAUCACUCGAGACCCAGUACUGAACCUCCAAAAACAAGCGAUACUGAACGAGGGCAAACUAGCACUCAAGCAUCAGCAUCAAAUGUGACAGCUGAUAAAAAUGUGGAUCCCCCCUCUGAAAAUGCCGGGGCCAUGCCCAGUAACUUAGCCCAAGCAAGCACAGACCCCCCAUCUGAUGUCAAUAAAGAUACAGCAGUGUCAAGCCUGUCUUUGUCUGAGACUCUUCCGAAUGAGGUCAGCAAACAUGAAGCUGAUAUUCCAAUGGAAGUCUCAGCUACUGACAAUGAUGAUGAAGCUGUCACUACCUCUAUAAAUGGUGAUGUUGCCAUUGAGAAGACCAAUGACAGGCCUGAAAGGUCCUCUUCUUCACCAUCAGCAAACUUAGUCAAGUCUGUCAAUGGACAUCAUCCAAUUCCUUCUGAUGGUGACCCAAAAGUCGAGUUGGCAGAUGAGGAUUUUUCACUGAAAAUUGACCCAGAGAGAUCUGAAUCCAGAAUGGUAGAAAUAGAAACCCACAGUCAUGGAGAUCUAAAAGGGAAAGAUGUGGAGGCCUUGCAAGAACCUCCUCCAAAUCUGAAGAAGCUAGAGGAGCAUAAAACUGAUACGUCUCCCAUGAGAAUGCUAGACCAACUUGAUGAGGCUCAGGGUCUGCUCAAAAGUGCAAUUUCUACUGGUCAAUCAAAAGAGGCAAGGUUAGCGAGGGUUUGUGCUGGACUUUCAUCACGCCUUCAAGAAUACAAAUCUGAAAAUGCACAGUUGGAGGAACUUCUUGUUGCCGAGAGAGAACGGAGUAAUUCAUAUGAGGCUCGUAUAAAGCAGCUACAACAAGACUUGUCCAUUUCCAAAACUGCAGUUAUCAAAGUUGAAUCAGAUAUGGCCGACACUUUGGCAGUGAAAAAUUCAGAAAUUGAGGCUCUUGUCAGUUCAUUGGAUGCACUGAAGAAGCAGGCUGCUGUCUCUGAAGGAAAUCUUUCAUCAUUGCAGGCAAACAUGGAGUCAAUUAUGAGAAGCCGGGAAUUGACAGAGACACGAAUGAUGCAGGCUUUACGUGAAGAGCUCUCUGCUGCAGAUCGCAGGGCAGAAGAAGAGCGUGCAGCACACAAUGCUACUAAAAUGGCUGCAAUGGAAAGACAAGUAGAACUGGAACAUAGAGCUGUAGAGGCAUCCACGGCUCUUGCAAGGGUCCAGAGAACAAUGGAUGAAAGGACAUUAAAGGUGACAGAACUAGAGCAAAAGUUGGCAUUGCUUGAGGUGGAAUGCGCAUCUUUAAAUCAAGAGCUACAUGACAUGGAAGCACGUGCUCGUCGUGGACAGAAGAGAUCUCCUGAAGAAGCGAAUCAAUCCCUUCAGAUGCAGGCAUGGCAGGAAGAAGUAGAGCGGGCACGCCUAGGUCAAAGAGAUGCAGAGAGCAAGCUUUCUUCGUUGGAGGCUGAGGUACAGAAAAUAAGGGUUGAGAUGGCUGGCAUGAAAAGGGAUGCUGAGCAUUAUUCACGGCAGGAACAUAUGGAACUAGAGAAGCGAUACCGCGAACUGACUGAUUUAUUGUACCACAAGCAAACACAACUAGAAGCCAUGGCUAGUGAAAAAGCUGCAGCAGAGUUCCAGUUGGAGAAAGAGACAAAGCGUCUUCAAGAGGUUGAAGCAGAAAGUAGUAGAGUUUCCCGUCGGUCAUCAUCAUAUUGGGAAGAAGACACUGAUUUGAAGGCACUCGAGCCUCUUCCCUUGCACCACCGCCAUAUUGCUGGAGCAAGAAUGCAGUUGCAAAGAGCAGCAAAGCUUUUAGAUUCAGGGGCUGUUCGUGCCACUAGAUUUCUCUGGCAAUAUCCGAUUGCUCGAAUGAUCUUACUCUUCUACCUGGUAUUUGUACACCUCUUCUUGAUGUAUUUGCUACAUCGUCUACAGGAACAAGCAGACAACUUUGCUUCUAAAGAACUAGCCGCAUCAAUGGGGCUUGGUGAGUCCAAAUUACCAUGAGAUGCUGACAGUCACCUGCUCGAAGCCACAUCUUGUGUUUGAUAGUCCCGACAGGUAUCCAUAACAAUGCUACAUCUCUUUAUGAGAGGAUUUUUCUUCUCAUGCUUCUUUUUGGCAUCCGCAUAAUUUUUUCCACCUUGUGGCAGGCUUGUAUCUAUUAUUUUUCAUUCUUAUAUAACUGAAAUUAAUGUGCAAAUGAGAA